GGGUUUUUUUCUUUUCCGUUAAUUCUGACGGCUUUGAUCAUCAUUCUCAAGUAAGUUUAACGAAAUUACAGUCACUGUAAUCGAGAGAGGUUCAAUCUCUGCUAACAUGCGCAGUGUGUUAUUUGAGUCCUUUACAUUCUAAUUUUUCCGGUGAAGUAGAAAAUGCUAUUGUUCCGGUCAAUACUGUUCAUCUCUGAACUGGUGUUAACCGCUGGUUUAGAGAUGAGGUUGAACCAUGGUUGGCUUUGAAAUGACCAAAAUGCCCCUGUUCUGGGUUGGGUUUGGUUACUAUAGCAUUGGGAUUUUCCAAGUACAGAUUAAUUUAGUAGAAAACUGGGAAGUUUCAGAGAGUAAGAGAAAGAGAUUGACCGUAAAUAAAGAUCCAUCUGGUCUUCGUUGAAUCAUAUCUCCAUAACAGCUGUUCUGGGACAUCUGAUACUCUAGCGCAAUUAAUUCCUUUAAAUGAGGGGUCUUAUCUUUUUUGGUCUGAAAUGAGGGGUAUUUCAGUCAUCUUGAACUUGUGGUAUUUUAAAGCUUUGGAAUAGAAAAUCUGGACUUGUUCCUGGUAGUGUGAAACUGAGCUGCUAUCCACUUAAAUACCCACGUAAUAAAAAAUACAGAAUUGUAGGAGACGUUCAACUACUAUUUGAGGUAAAUAAAAUAAAAUAGGAAACAGAUAGAAAAAAGGGAAAUAAAUUUAGAGCCAAUUAAUGUAUUGUUUUUCUGGGUAUCAAGUCAAUUAUUGUAUACAGUAUUUAUUAAGAUUGUGAGACGUACUUACUUAUAAAAAAAAAUAAAUAAAAAAAAGAUUAUGAGACCGCGUACUUAAGCCACAUGAUAAAGAUUGACAACCAAAUUUGCUGACUUCUGUAUUUCUUUUAUGCAUGAAACAGUAGAGGUCAGAAUAAGUAUGCAUACAUUGAUAUAUUGGGCUUUUUAACAUAAAUAGUCAAGUUAUAGAAAUAAAUUUAAAUAAUUUUUUUUGUAUAGGUUUCAAAAAUGGGCAGAUGAAGAGCAAUCUUACAAUUCAUAGACUCCCUAUAAUUUGAUAUGCUUAAAUGUCCUGUAUCUGCAGCCAGUGAUCUGAAAUUAUUUAUUCUUUCUUGGUCUUUUUAACUAUGUAUAUGAUCUUUUAUAAGAUUGGAUCCUUUUGCGUCUUUUAAGUAUAACUUUUGUAAACUGAGUCUCCCAGUUUAUUGCUCUAUACUACUUUCCUGCAUGAAACACAGACACCCCACCCACACACCCACUUUACCCGUUUGGGGACUCGAACCCUCACCAUCCACUUUGGGAGGUAGAGGAGGUACUACUAGGCCACAAGGUCCUUGGUCAUGAUUUUGAUAUUUUAUUUCAUCAACUCUCGAAUCAGCAACUCUUUCAACUGCUGGCUUUUCGAUCUUGUAACCUUGCUUAGUAGGGCAUAGGGGAAAGAUAUUUUAACCACAACUUCCCAACUUAUGUGGCCGAUGAAUGAAAUCUUUGAUACAUAUUCACAGGGGGAUAAGCUUUUUUUGCUGCAAGAUGGCGGAACCCCUUCAUGUCUUCGUUUACCUUGUAGAAUUUCUGUGGCCUCAAUAUAUAAGGAUUAGGCUGUACUGCAGCAUUGAACUUGCACCAAUUCUUUUGGUCUUGGGAAAAAUCUUCAUUCUAUAUAUAUUUACGAGGAUGAUGAUAUAUAUUUACAAGGAUUUGGAUGUAUGUCCCCAAUUUUCUUGACCUCGGGAAUAUUCUAUUUUAAAAUCAUAUUGGAUCUUAUUGAUAUUUUAUAUAAGAUUCUACUAGACGGAUAAGAUAUGUAUCAAAAUAAUAAUAAUAAUAAAGAAGUUAAACUACAUAUAAAUGUAUGAAAAUUAAUUUCUACUUGCCGGUAAAAGCAACUGGCCGCACAUAAUUUAGUGAUAAUUUAGUGAUUUAAGAACCAAGUAGGAUCUCAUAAUUCAUUGAAUAAUUUGUUUUUUUUUUUUUUUUUCUUUUCCAGUUUCCUAUAUUUAGUUUGCUUGCAUUUUCAUCCUACCAAUCAACCAUAAUUGUAGUUAAAUAACCUAAACACAAAGUAGCUGUGUGUUUCCUGAACCUGUUACCUUGGCUAUGGCACAGAUUAAGGAGCCACCUUAGCUUGCCCCGAAAUCUAGCUGCUGGUUGAACCUCAGAACAUCCCAAAGCCAGUGAUGUAAUGCUAACUGUACCGCUCAGAAGCACUAGAGUACCCCCAGAAGGACGGUUUGUCAGGGCCUUCAUUUGACUUUGGGCUGGCAUUUAGCAUCAUAAUGCGAUUCAUAGAAUCCUUCAGUCUGUAGAGUGAUGGCUUCAGGAUGUGAAGCACAUCCAAAUACACUACACCUGGUGGCGCAUGUUAAAAGAUAGUCCUUGUGGAAACAAUAGAUGAUUGUGGGUGCCAUUAGGCCUUUCCAGAAGUUAACAUGUGCUCAAUCUAAGUGGUUCACAUGUCAGCCAAUUUCGUCCAGUUUUACCGUGAAGAAUCUCUAGUUUUCCAAGAUGACGAGACGGGGGUUUACAAAAAUCUCUUACAAGAGAUUACACAAAGAGUUGCGGCCCCAUUGCCCCAGUACACAACUUUCAGGUCAGGGCUUGGACACCUACCCGUUUUUACAGGAACGGUAGAACUGGCUGGAAUCACUUUUACUGGGGAGCCUGCCAAGAACAAGAAGCAAGCAGAGAAGAAUGCAGCCAUGGCAGCUUGGACAUCUCUAAAACAACUGGCACAGCAAGAUGCGAAUUCAUCAUCGGAAACAGAGAACAGUGAUGAGCUGGAACAGAUCAGAGUAGCACGGGCCUUGUUGAAUUAUUGUUUGAAGGAAAAGAUGGGAAUGGCCAACUCCUCCAGUGCCCCAGUACCAUUUCAAAGGAGAUUUCCAAUUCAGAAUCCAAGACCAUCUAGUCCACAGCGCCCCCAAGUGACCGCAUCUAAAAUCCUCCCUUUAAUCUGCCCAAAGACAGCUCCUCAAAGCAGACAUACUUCAACAGUAGUAAAUGACUGCCGCAUGCCAUCAUCACAGUCUCCACAACAAUCAAAACGUCCAGUAUCAGAAGGCCAUGCAAUUUGGCCCCAGAGGUUCCCUGCAGCAGGAGCAGCUCCUUAUGUUCCUUUCCAACAUUUUAGGACACCUUACCAGGGGAUUGCUCCGCCAGUUACAAUAAGAACUGCAGUGCCAGUUUUCUCUGCACCACCACGUCCACCACCCUCUAUGCGCCCCCCUCAAGUGAUGCAGUCCCGACCUGUGCAAAUUGCCCCACCGGUCUGUAUUAGGCAGGCUGUGCCUGUUUUUGCUGCACCAUCAGUUCGAAAAGAAGAUCCUCCAACUGCCACCACUGCUGCUGCUCCAAAAAAAUCUCCAGAUCAGGUGGAGGAAACUGAGACCAAGAUUGGUAAUGAUCUGCCAGAAUCUGAGGCGGUAAAGGGUUUGGAGCAGCUCAAAAUAUGAUGGUGGUUGGGGAUUAUUUUAAUCCAUUAGAACCCGUGUUAGGAUCCUGUGUUGAUUUUCAGUUUGUUCAUCUUUUGGUAAGAGUGCCUUCCCCUCUAUUUUUGUUCAUUACCAUAUUCCCCUUAUGUUUAAAGCUACAGUUAUUGCAGGUUAAUUUUGAGUAGGCAUAUAUCAAAUCUUUGCAAUUCAAGAGGAGGAACUGUGACCUUCAUACUCUCUGAGGAUGAUAACUUAUUGUUGGUAAUACUGCUUCCAAUUUGUGCA